AUGACACGCAUGACAUUCACACACCUCCCCGCAGAGCUGCAGCUCAAGAUCCUCUCCUGCCUCGACGCUGUCAACCUGGCUCGGGUGGCUGCAGUGUCUUGGUUGUUCAACACGCUUGCCAACUCGGAUUUAUUGUGGAAGGAGCUGUGUCGAAAACGCUGGAGGACCCUCCGCCACCUGCCCUUCACCCUCCACCCGCGCGUCGACUACACCGGCGCGCUACUCAAAUCGCUCACUAUUGCGGAACUCAAACAGAUACUUGCUCGGCGAGGGGUGCCGUUGCCGCGGGGGGCCGUGGAGAAGAGGGAACUUGUGGGGUUGGUCGAGGAGACGAGGCCGAUGUUGAGUCCGAGAGGGAGGUGGACGGGGAAAUGGAAGAGCAGCUACAUCGUUGCGGAAAAGGACCUGAAGCGGACGAGUCUGACGCUCAAAGAGGUGGUGGACUUGGAGUGGGUGUUUGAGUUCACAGAAGGCGGCGCCCAAUGGCAACCCAUGUCCGACGACGACUCCGACUCCGACGCCUCCGCGCGGCGCACAGCCCGCGUCCAGUUCCGCGCAGACGGGUUCUACGUCAACCCCGCGCUGCGACUCUCCGGCUUGCGUUGGCGGUUGACACCUGCUGGGGGUGUGCAGGUGGAGGAGUAUCCGCCGCAUAGGGUUGAGAGGAGUGUGGACGGGGGUUGGAUCAUGUCCAACGGAUACUUCUGUUACCGAUCAUUACAUAAUGGCGAACCAACUUUCAAUGAGUGA